AUGACUUCAAAUGAAACUAACACUCAGAUUGUUUUUCUCUGCUAUCCACUCCGGCCGGACUCCUGUCUGAAAGUACAGCGCUAUGUUGUGGUUAAAGUGGCAAUGUAUGUUUUCUUGGUGCUGAUGAUCCUUACAACAGUUUUUGGGAACCUGCUGAUCAUCAUCUCCAUCUCUCACUUCAAACAGCUUCAGUCUCCAACUCAUCUGAUCGUUCGCUCUCUGGCUUCCAGCGACUGUCUGCUGGGUUCUUUGGUCAUGCCGUACAGCAUGGUACGAUCUGUUGAAGGCUGCUGGUAUCUGGGAGAUUUUGUGUGUAAAGUGCAUUCUAGUUUAGACAUGAGCUUCUGUAUCUCCUCAAUACUGCAUCUCAGUUUAAUAUCUGUCGACAGGUACAUGGCCAUUUGCGACCCUCUAAGAUACAUAAUGAGGGUCACAAACAACACUGUGACUGCAUUUAUUAUCUUUAUAUGGCUGUUUUCAUUUGUGUACAGCUUUUCUGUUGUGUUUUCAGGGAUAAAUGCAGUUGGACUUGAGAUGCUGAUAUUGCAGACUCAUUGUGUGGGAAGUUGUGUUUUGUUUUUUAACAAGCAAUGGGGUAUUAUAUGUCCAAUUCUCACAUUUUUCCUUCCCGGGUCGAUCAUGAGCUCUCUGUAUAUGAAAAUCUUCUAUGUUGCCCAAAAACACGCAAAGGUUAUGUCAGAAAGAGUGACUGGAAGGUUGAAGAGCCAAAGCUCUGCUCACAGAGAGAGAAAAGCAGCUAAAACUCUGGCCUUUGUCAUGGGAGUUUUUUUGUUCUGCUGGCUUCCUUUUUUUACUGUAACUGCUCUUGACCCUUUUUUCAAUUUUUUCACCCCAGCUAUUGUUUUUGAUGCUGUAAUUUGGUUUGCAUAUUUGAACUCCACUUGUAACCCCUUGAUCUAUGGUUUUUUCUACCCUUGUUUUCAGAGUGCAUUUAAGAUUCUCAUUUCCACUUAUAUCUGUGGCAACAAGGAUUGUAACACUUUGGUAUUUGAAUGA